UGGAAUCUGUUUGGUUGGGUUCUACUUUCUCUCUACAUAUGGAUGAUUUAUCAAGAUAUAAUGUGGAGGAUUUUUGGUGUCUUGUAAAUCAUAAAUUUGACAACAGUGUAGACAAAGAGGAGUCUCUACAGUUGUUUGUUUGGAUUUUAUGGGCGAUUUGGCUUGCGAGAAAUGCGCUGAUUUUUAAGGAUGAGAAUUGGGAUCCAGGGACAGUGUUGUUGAAGGCAAAUGAGCUUCAUACCGAAUGGUUAAAUAUCUGCAAUCAUAACAGGGAAAGUGUUAAUGCUCAGCCUAUGAUCAAUCCAAUUGCAGGUCCCCAUUGGGUACCUCCUCCUGGUAAUGCUCAUAAGAUUAAUUUUGAUGGUGUCUUUAUUUCAGUGUCCAGUGUAGGAGUGGGAGCUUGUGUGGCGAGGGAUCAUCGGGGUAAGGUCAUUGCUUCCGUGGCUUGCCGUUUUUCGAAUGUUACAUCCGCUGCUGUUGUGGAAGCCUUAGCGUUGCGGGAAGCUAUUGGCCUUGCGAAGAGUUUGAACCUGAUUGAUCCCAUUUUCGAGGGUGAUGCCAAAUGUAUCAUUGAUGCAAUGAAUGGCAAGUACGCUGUUGAUAUGGAUUGUGAGGUGAUCUUGGAGGAUUGCCGGUUUUUUUGUAGGAGUAUUCUUGAUUGUUCUUUUCGUUUUGUUAAGCGUUCGUGUAAUUGGGUGGCACAUAUUGUUGUUAAGCGAGCCCUUAGAGAUAAUUUCUUUUGUUGUAAUCCUCUAGCCCAACUUUUGUGGCUAGAAUCGAGACUUGUAAGUCGAUAAUUUCUUAAUGAAAUCCUUC